CUAUAGGUUGGCAAUUGGUGAUUGGUGGAGAAAUGUGUACCUACAGUAUAAGAAUGCCUGCCAAAUGCCAUGUAUUUACAGCCAGUCUUUCAGAAUUUAUUCUGCUGGUUGUCUCUGUGCACAGAUAAUAAACUGCUUUUCUCCAAAGAAGAUUUUGCUUUCCUGGUACUUUUGUUCCCUCCAAGGUCCGGGGAUGGCGUGGCUGAUGGAUCCCUAGGUAAAUAAGGCUUCAUUUCUUUGGGGGCUCGUCCGGGAUAAGCCCCCUCCCCAAAUACGGACCGGAGGGCCAGGCUCAACCAAGGUGAACAGCUCAGCAGCGUUUGCAGGCUUCAGCGCGCACCCCGCCUGUUUCGUGGGGGAAGCCGGCCACACUGUCCUGUAGUGGAGACAUCUUGUUGAGGGAGAAAAACAAAGAGGACGGCGCCGAGGGGACAGGUCCGCAGCGGAAAACGGUGGACCCAGGCUCGCACCCCAUGUGUGUUAACUGAACCGUUCCAUCAGUUCGAGCCAGGUGAUGAAGUGUGGGUGAAAGACUGGCAGCGAGCCCCCCUACAGCCUUGCUGGAAGGGACCAUACACUGUGCUACUUUCUACACCUACUGCUGUGAAGGUUGCUGGCAUCACCCCGUGGGUCCACCAUACUCGAGUGAAGAAAGCUAUUUCAGACUGGACAGUUACACCAGAUCCAGAGAACUCCCUCCGGCUGACUAUCGCCAGACGCCUGGCAGACGACCGCUCUGCUGAUAUCACACCGGAAGCUGAUAUCUCUACGCACAGCUGAAGAAUUGGAUGGGAGGGGCGCCCACCGGGAGCGCCUCCAACGUUCCAGCCUUGCAGCCUUUGUCCCCUGAUAACGUCCAGAACCCUGAACGAACUUUAGUAUGCAUUAUAUGGUAUGAGGAGGAAGCAGUGGGGAUUUUGACACCAAGCAUUUGCAGUUUACAGGCGGCUACCUAUUCGUGUGGGUGUGUAGUGGCCCAUCCACCGUGGGUACCCUCUCCUUGGGGGGCAAGGUUAUCCUCCACCCAUCAGGGGUACCAUCAUCCCCCGGGGAUUGAGGAGUUUUAUCUCCACACCAUAGGGUUUGACGCUUGGAGGUAUCCCCGACCUUGUUUCCCUAACCAACUUGAGCGUCCGGAUAACCCCAACCCCCUUUCCAGACCCAUACCAUGACUGAUCUGUGGUGGGGAGAGCCCUGGCAUUCUUGGGGUUGGUGGGUGGGAGUUAUCUCAACUGCCCUUGUCACGUGGAUGUGUCUCUUUUUUUGCUGGCACGAGCGCCAUAGAAUUUGCGGGAAGAAGCGUCCCUCCUCCAUCCCACUGACAGUUCUCCUUCUCUUCCUAGUUGGGGAACCCGCCUGCGCUCUGGCCCAGGGGGAAGUAGGGUCCUGGAUCUCCCAGGUAAACAUUACCCGUAUCAUGGUCACGCGGGGCAUCCACAACCCUUACAACCGCUGGCUGCAAACGGCAGAAAUGGUAGCUAAGGAGGAGAAUAGGACCCGUUGCCUUGUUUGUGCCUUGGGACCUCUGGAUGCGGCUGGGGGCAUGCCCCUGCUUCCGUUGCCUCUUAAUCGGACCCGAAUCCAGUAUACUGGAAGUAAAUUCCAGUGGGGCCCAUACUGGAAUCAUCCCUAUCCCCUCCGUGUUUAUCGGAUUCCCGGAUGGUUCUGUGUCAACCAGACCAAAAAUGCCACCCUUGGACACAAUAUAACUUUUACUGGGCGCUCCUCAUGCAAGUGUACGUGUAACCCCACUGAUACCACUGAGUGUGGCGGAGCCUGCACCAAUUUAAAUCUUUUAGCUUUUAGUUCUAUGGGUGACCAUAUGGCCACCCAGAACAAGGAUCCUGUAUAUUGGAUUUGUGGGACAAAGGCUUUCCACCACCUCCCCAACGGUUGGUGGGGCAAUUGUUAUCCAGCCUUCCUUUUACCCCCCAUGUGGCUGCUCCCUACCACCUUAUUUCCCCAUCGCAAUCACAGAUCUGUUGAUAUCACGAAUAUAGCCUCAGGGAGCAAGCAGACGUGGGGAAAGGAUGAAUGGCCACCUGAGCGAAUAAUUGCCCACUAUGAUCCGGCCUCCUGGAACCCUGGUGAGUUAGUAGCAGGUGCCAGAGAGCCCAUGUACAAUCUAAAUCGCAUAAUCCGACUCCAGGCAGUAGUAGAGAUUGUGGCCAAUGCAACGGCCACCGCCCUUCGCCUUGUUGCUACCCAGCUGGAUGAGACCCGCACUGCUGUCCUCCAGCUGCGUUUGGGAAUGGACUUUAUUCUGGCCAAACAAGGAGGAUUUUGUGCUGCCCUCAACCUGACUGGUGGAGCAUGCUGCUUCAAUAUUUCAGAUCAUGGUGAAGCCAUCCGUAAUCUAGCCGCAAGUAUUGAGAAGGUGGCACACGUCCCUGUACAAGUGUGGGAAGGAUGGAAUAUGUCUUGGCUAGAUAAGCUUUUGCCAAAUGGGUGGCUCAGAGGAAUGUUUUUUAUGCUCUUAGGACCAAUUUUAUUUUUAUUGCUUCUUUGCUUCUGUAUUCCCUGCUUGGUGCAAUGCUUGCAAAAUAUGGUGCACAAAACAAUGUCGCGCAUGAUGGGUCCCCGAGUGAUAGCUUUGAUGCGUGAAUACCAGCCUAUUGCCUUGGACGAGCCAGAAGGCUGUCCAAAAGAAGAGGAGGGAAUGAAGGAAGGGACGGUUUAGCUCUGUAGCAAUAUAGAUUGCCUGAGCAAGCUUUGGCUUUAGAUUCCAAUAAAGAUUGCUUAAGCAGGUUUGGCUUGUGACACUGGUCAAGUAAAGAAUAAGAGGAGCCACGUAGGCUCAAAAGACAGGGAAAUGGGUAAGGAACGUGCUUAACGUGAUUAUCCUC